AGGUGUUAUUAACUGUGUCCCGUGUCAGCCUCCACUCCCACCUCUGUAAAAAGACAAUAGGAAGUGACGGGGGAAAAAAAAAGAAAGUGAUGGGAGAGGCGGGUGGUGGAGGCGGUCCUGCUGGGCUCCUGGCUGCCCUGCUUCUCUCUGCCCUGGGUGGGGAAGUGCCUUUUCCACAGGACAUCAAUGCAAGCCUGAAUAAGAAAAAGAAUUUCUCCCUCCGAAGCCAUGGCACAUCACUGGUACAGAAAUACCACUUCGGGAAACAGUCUUCAGGAGAGCCUCGAUGAGCUCACACAGUCUCAACAGAUUACCCCCCAACUUGCCCUUCAAGCUCUACUUCAGUUUGAUAAGGCUGUAAAUUCACUGCUGGCACAGAGGGUCAGAAACAGAGUCAACUUCAGGCAGAGCUAUGGCUCUCUAACCACAUACAGAAUUGGUGAUAAUGUGUGGACUUUUGUACCGAAUGAUGUUGAAUUCAGCAAGGUGACAGCACUUAUUAAAGUGGAUAAGGUGAAAAUUGCAGCCUGUGAUGAUGAAAAUACUGGCUCCAAUGCUAAAGAAUGA